GAACCACAAAAAGAACCGUUGGAUUUAUCAAUGUCAGGAAUGUAUGAACGACGGAUUGGACCGUCAGAUCUAUCAGCGCCUUAUGUGAGAGAGGAACAAAUAGAAUUCAACGAAAUUGAUCAGAAUGACGCAAGCUCGUUGAACGCACCAAUUCAAGAAGUGAGAAGGGAACAAACAAGUAUAGGAAAUAUGCCGAAGAAAAAGUGGCUUAAGAGGUAUCAAAAUGAAACGUCCAACGAGAGAUAUCAAAAUGAAACGUCCAACAUCCAAACAAUCGAAAGGAAACAGUCCAAAGGAAACAAAGGUAACAUCAAAAGAAAGCAUCCAGAGCGUUCGACUCACACGGAUGAAAAGCGGUUCAAAUGCGAAACAUGUCUGGUGAGCUUGGCUUAUCUAUCGCAAUUGCUUAAACAUAUGAGGGUUCAUACCGGUGAGAAGCCGUUUUCUUGUCCGGAAUGCACGAAGAAUUUCACCGAGAAAGGGAGCUUGCAUAAACAUAUGAGGAUUCAUACCGAUGAGAAGCCGUUUUCUUGUCCGGAAUGCAAGAGGAAUUUCACCGAGAAAGGAAUUUUGCUUAAGCAUAUGAUGAUUCAUACCGGUGAGAAACCAUACAAUUGUUCAAAUUGUGGGAUGAAUUUCACCCAGAAAGGGAAUUUGGAUAAACAUAUAAGGAGGAUUCAUAGCGGUGAGAAACCGUACAGUUCUUCGGAAUGUGGGAUGAAUUUCGCCGAUUCAUCAAGUCAGCUUAGGCAUUCGAGGACUCACACUAAUGAAAAACCGCACGCUUGUUCUGUGUGCAAUAAAAAAUUCUCGCAAAAAGGUAAUAUGAAACUUCACAUGAAGAUUCAUAACAAUGAUAGGCGCUGA